AUGCCGGUUACCAGGUCACAGAAGGAUGCUCCCUCACGUCCCGGGUCAUGUUUCUCAGAUAAGGAUGCGACAGGUGAAAUGUCGGAAUCAGAAGGGGUCACGUCUGCUUCAGCAUCAGCGUCAUCAGGAACAGCAACUACGUCGGAUUCAAAUAAUUCUUCGAGCAGUACGAUCACAGAGGGUACCACCAUGAUAGAGACCACGGUUGCAAUUGCCACCAGGGUGGCGUACGAGGAGAACGGACAGAAGAAUGAAGCCGCACAGAAGGAGACGACCAAGAAGACUCCAGAGGAUAUUCCGGACAAGGGCGUUCACGGCUCCACCACAACCCUUAAGCGAAAGGGGGUCGGUCGUCACGCCAGGUCCAUGAAGACUAUGAGCUCCUCAGGCAGAAGACGCGAGCUGGAAGCCAGAGAAGAAUUAGCACGCAUGGAGCUGAAGCAAGUCCAAAUUGCGGCGAGGUUAGGCCGUGUCAGAUUAGAGCUGGCACAGUGUGAAGAGGAAGACAACGAGGACGAAGACCAGGAAGACAGAACAGCACAGGUGCAGAACUAG